GUGGAGGGCCAUCAGGCAGCUGCACCGGGACUAAUCCUCCUGGCGGUCAUCACAACAGCCUGUCUUUUUCGGCAUCUGAGCUGGAGUAAAACGGGAUGGCUUUGACCCAAGAAGCUAUUUUGAGUUUCUUGCUGGAGCAUGGAGGCAAAGUGAAGAACUCGGAGUUGCUGAACAAUUUCAGAAGUCAAAUCAACUGCAGCGAUCCCGCGGAGAAGCAGCACAAUAGGAGCCUGUUCAAAAAGUUUGUGAACAGCGUUGCCGUCGUCAAGCAGAUCGACGAUGUGAAGUUUGUGGUGGUGAAGAAAAGAUGCCAGGACUUUGGGAAAGACGCGCUUCGUGUUGCUUCGCAGAAACCGCAGAUGGAUGAUAAUUUCAGCCGACAAGAUGCGUCAUUUUCAUCCACUGUUUACCGAGGCGAGUCCAGCAAGGUGCUUUAUUCAGACAUCGAGAACAAUAACAUGUGCUACCCCUCAAAUUUAAAUAGCAGUUUUUGCAGUGACAAUGACAAACACAUCCCUUUAGAAAUUGCGCAAAGUGGGAGGCCCUUAUCGAGAAAUCCUAGCGGCGUGGACACAACCACUGUCAAAGUCCUGAAUAUUUCCAGCGAUCAGGGGAGCAGAUCGAGAAAAUCUGGCGCCGUGUUUGCUGUCAUCGCAGUAAAAUCCCCCCCUCGUCCACCCGCAGAGCCUCAACUGGUGAGACAGGAUGCUUUGCCCCAACAUAAAACUUUAGAGAAACAGACCAUGCUGGUACCCAUAGCUCCUGCACCAUCAGUGCCAGCUAUGAACCCACAUUUUCCAACAACUGGGCUGGAUGGAUGGAGUGAGCCUCAGUGCUGGAAAAACAGGCAAAUAGAGGAGAUACAAGACCCAAGCUUUGCCCAUCCGAUGAAGACCCAAAACAAGACCACAAAACAAGGAGAUGAUGCCAAGUACUCUGAGACUGUGCCUCUGGAUCCACUGGCUCAUGAGUGGCUGGUCAAGUGUGCUGCUGGACUGUGGGGACAAAUCUACGGUCUGCUGCUGCAGGAGACCCAGCUGGCAACGAGGAGAGACUUCAUGUCAGGGUUCACUGCUCUCCACUGGGCUGCCAAGGAUGGCAACGGUGAGAUGGUGCACAAGAUCAUGGACAUCUCCAAGAAAAGAGGCACUUAUGUUAAUGUCAACAGCAAAACGCAUGGAGGCUACACACCUCUGCACAUUGCAGCCAUACAUGGUCACAGUGAAGUCAUAGUUUUGCUUGUGCAGGGUUAUGGAGCCAAUGUAAAUAUAAGAGAUAAUGAUGGAAAGAAGCCCUGUCACUACCUGGGCAGAGGCGUGUCAGCUGAAGUCAGACAGCUUCUGGGUGGAAUGCAGCGAGGCAAGUACAGGGACAAGAGUGAAAGUGAGGAAUGUAAAGAGCAGCCAAAAGGUCUGAACACAAUAAGCAAACUGUUUCAGCCCCACAUAGGGAAGAAACACAAAGCAACAUCCAGGCUUGUCCAGGACUGGUGAGAUGUCCAAAAAUGAAGCCGUGAGACAACCCAGUGUCAAAGCUGCAAGAGAUCAAAUUCUCUUUGUUUAUCUAAUGUUAAUAUUUAAAAGACAUCUUUAACCACUAGUGGUUAUGCAUGGGAUUGUGGAAGGACUGUAACUCAAUUAAAAAUGUGUGUAGUCUUGAUACUAUUACAGAUUCUAGGUAUCUUGUGUACAGUGUAGCACUGGAUUAGUUAAAUAAUCAUAUAUAAAUCGUUUUUCUUGUUGAAAUCUAUAGCCUAUAUUAAUAACAAUGUUAUUUUUGUACUCAUUUAAAUUAUUUUUUUCAAAUGUAACAGAAAUUCAUACUGGUGAUGAGUAAUUUUCUUAUUUACCUUAUGUAUAGUAAAUAUCUGGAAAUAACCCACCUGUUGAUUCAUAACAUUAAAACAUUAUCAAAUAUAACAACAAAUAGCUGCUGCCAACACCUGUAUGAAACAUGAUCUGAUUUCACUGUGGAAAUAGGAUGUUUACCAUCUUUGUUUACAACUUUAUACCUUGUUUAUAUCUUUGUUUAUACUGAAUUACAGUUAACUGUACCAGAGAGCAAUAAUAAGUUCGAUGGAUCAAUUAUGAAUAAAGUUUAGCAGCAAUA